GGUGAGCGAAUGUGAGAGUCAGCGUCGCGCCGUGCGCGCCGUCCGCCUCCGCUGCUCGGCGCCCUUAUUUCGGCUGCGAGGGGCGGGCGCGCGCGUAAAGGCAUAGAGACGGGCGUUGAGCUCUCGGGCUAGAGCGUCGCCGAGUCGGAGCCGGAGCCCGAGCCGCGCGCUGUGUCUCCGCUGCGUCCGCCGAGGCCCCCGAGUGUCAGGGACAAAAGCCGCCGCCGCGCCGCCUGCUCCCGUCGCCGGGGCUCAUCCGCUGCCGCCGCCACCCUGAGGAGAGUCCGUCGCCGUCGCGACCCGUGAAGAUCCGAGAGCAAUGUCGGCCAGCAGCCUCUUGGAGCAGAGACCAAAAGGUCAAGGAAACAAAGUACAAAAUGGAUCUGUACAUCAAAAGGAUGGAUUAAAUGAUGAUGAUUUUGAACCUUACUUGAGUCCACAGGCAAGGCCCAAUAAUGCGUAUACUGCCAUGUCAGAUUCCUACUUACCCAGUUACUACAGUCCCUCCAUUGGCUUCUCCUAUUCUUUGGGUGAAGCUGCUUGGUCUACUGGGGGUGACACAGCCAUGCCCUAUCUAACUUCUUAUGGACAACUGAGCAACGGAGAGCCUCACUUCCUACCAGAUGCAAUGUUCGGACAACCAGGAGCCCUGGGUAGCACUCCAUUUCUUGGUCAGCAUGGUUUUAAUUUCUUUCCCAGUGGGAUUGACUUCUCAGCUUGGGGAAAUAACAGUUCUCAGGGACAGUCUACUCAGAGCUCUGGAUAUAGUAGCAAUUAUGCUUAUGCACCUAGCUCCUUAGGUGGAGCCAUGAUUGAUGGACAGUCAGCUUUUGCCAGUGAGACCCUCAAUAAGGCUCCUGGCAUGAAUACUAUAGACCAGGGGAUGGCAGCCCUGAAGUUGGGUAGCACAGAAGUUGCAAGCAAUGUUCCAAAAGUUGUAGGCUCUGCUGUUGGUAGCGGGUCCAUUACUAGUAACAUCGUGGCUUCCAAUAGUUUGCCUCCAGCUACCAUUGCUCCUCCAAAACCAGCAUCUUGGGCUGAUAUUGCUAGCAAGCCUGCAAAACAGCAACCCAAGUUGAAGACCAAGAAUGGCAUUGCAGGGUCAAGUCUUCCACCACCUCCAAUAAAACAUAACAUGGAUAUUGGAACUUGGGAUAACAAGGGUCCUGUGGCAAAAACCCCCUCACAGGCUUUGGUUCAGAACAUAGGUCAGCAGCCAACCCAGGGGUCUCCCCAGCCUGUAGGUCAGCAGGCUAACAGUAGCCCACCAGUGGCUCAGGCAUCAGUAGGGCAACAGACGCAGCCAUUGCCCCCACCACCACCACAGCCUGCCCAGCUCUCAGUGCAGCAACAGGCAGCUCAGCCAACCCGCUGGGUAGCACCUCGGAACCGUGGCAGUGGGUUCGGUCAUAAUGGGGUGGAUGGUAAUGGAGUAGGACAGUCUCAGGCUGGAUCUGGAUCUCCUUCAGAACCUCACCCAGUGUUGGAGAAGCUGCGGUCCAUUAAUAACUAUAACCCCAAGGAUUUUGACUGGAAUCUGAAACAUGGCCGGGUUUUCAUCAUUAAGAGCUACUCUGAGGACGAUAUCCACCGUUCCAUUAAGUAUAAUAUCUGGUGCAGCACAGAGCAUGGUAACAAGAGACUGGAUGCUGCUUAUCGCUCCAUGAACGGGAAGGGCCCCGUUUACUUACUUUUCAGUGUCAACGGCAGUGGACACUUCUGUGGCGUUGCAGAAAUGAAAUCUGCUGUGGACUACAACACAUGUGCAGGUGUGUGGUCCCAGGACAAAUGGAAGGGUCGUUUUGAUGUCAGGUGGAUUUUUGUGAAGGACGUUCCCAAUAGCCAGUUGCGACACAUUCGCCUAGAGAACAACGAGAAUAAACCAGUGACCAACUCCAGGGACACUCAAGAAGUGCCUCUGGAAAAGGCUAAGCAGGUGUUGAAAAUCAUAGCCAGCUACAAGCACACCACUUCCAUUUUUGAUGACUUCUCACACUAUGAGAAACGCCAAGAGGAAGAAGAAAGUGUUAAAAAGGAACGUCAAGGUCGUGGGAAAUAAGAGGCAGUUCUGCACAGACUGCAGCAACGGUUGCAUCUGCAUAUCCUAAGAGGAAAAAAAUUGACCUUCAAGAGAAUUAGGACUUUUUUCUUAAUUUCAUUGACUUCAGAGACGAUUGCAGACUUGCAGUUUAAGUAUUGGAAUUUCACAAAAGACAUAGGACUUAACUGGAAAA